AUGGUCUCUGAGUCGAUUGGUAAGAAAAGAACCUCUGAAUCUCGCCCUGACGAGCUGCGAAAAGAGGCCAAAAUUGGAGGAGGUCUCAAUGUAGAACUACAUCCGUUGCUUCAACAAUCAGGAACCCAGUCCACGAACUACCUGAAAUCAAAUGGACUCAGUUUCAAUGGUGCUCCUGGUGCUAAUCCCUAUAUUGACCAAACAAACAUAACAAUUGGUAGUAGUCGCCACAGGCCAUUGCAGCUCAAUCCAAAAGGAAAAUUCAUCGCAGAAGCUGAUGAAAUUAGGGCGAAGGAAGCUGAACAGCUACAGGUUGCAAAAAAACAGGAAGAAUUGCUUGAGAAAGGGGUGCUCCCAAACAUAAAUACUCAGGAAAAUUGUUUUAAGCUGAGUUUUCCACCUCUUGUAGAAUGGUGGGAUGUUCCGUAUCUACGAACCCGACUGUACCGCGAGUUCUACGACAAGAAAAAAGAAUUCUUUCUUGACGACGAACAGGCUUUGGUUUCAGUCUACGUUCAGCACCCUGUCGCGAUACCACCACCGAGUGAUGGCCCUGUGGAACAGAAGAUCUACCUCACGAAAGACGAGAUGCGCCGGAAGCGUCGAAAUGAGCGCCAAAUCAAGCACAAAGAAAAGCAAGACCGCAUCAAAUUGGGACUUGAUCCACCUCCACCUCCUAAAGUUAAGUUGGCCAAUUUGAUGAACGUUUUAACAGACGAGGCUAUCAAGGAUCCCACCGGUGUGGAGAGAAGAGUACGCCAGGAAAUCCAAGACCGAUAUGAUAAACACAUGGCUGAGAACGAAGCGCGGAAACCAACUCGAGAACAAAAACUCGAACAAGUCAAGGAAUCGCAGGAAAGGGACCUACUGAAAGGUUUAAUGACCACUGUUUAUAAAGUCAAAACAUUGUCUGAUGGCCAGCAAUUUUACAAAGUCGACAUGAACGCCAAACAGUUGGGUUUAUUCGGCAUGGCUCUAAUUAAUCCGCGCUUUUGUUUAGUGAUCGUGGAAGGAGGGGCCAAGAGCAUACGCUUUUUCAAGAAAUUGAUGAUGAAUAGAAUAAAGUGGGAUAAACUGGCUACACAAGAAACUAUUGAUAAUGGGUGCGUGGAAGUGUGGGAAGGUGAAGUCUUGGACUUUUCAUUCAAAAAGUGGUCACCGAUGUACACCAAUGAUGAUGACGAUGCUUACAAAGUCUUGAAAAAAUUUGGUCAUGAGAAUUAUUGGAGGCAAGCUUUUAACCUAUGA